GUUCUUUGAAGGCUCUUGCAGAUAUAAUAUGUGAACAUCCCAGCAUUCAUAAAAGUAGUCGAUUUGUGUUCGUUCCUGGUCCUGAAGACCCCGGUCCUGGUUCUAUUUUACCAAGACCUCCCCUGGCUGAAAAUAUUACUGAGGAAUUCAGACAGCUGGUGCCAUUUUCAGUGUUCACCACAAAUCCUUGCAGGAUUCAGUACUGCACCCAAGAAAUCAUUCUCUUUCGUGAAGAUUUGGUAAACAAAAUGUGCAGAAACUGCGUCCGCUUCCCAAGCAGCAACAUGGACAUCCCCAACCAUUUUGUCAAGACUAUCUUAUCGCAAGGACAUCUGACGCCGCUGCCGCUGUACGUCAGCCCGGUGUACUGGGCCUAUGACUACUCCCUGCGGGUGUACCCUGUGCCAGACAUGCUUGUCAUCGCAGACAAAUACGACCCGUUCACGGUCACCAACACUGACUGCCUUUGCAUAAAUCCUGGUUCAUUUCCAAGAAGUGGGUUUUCAUUCAAGGUGUUCUACCCCUCCAACAAGACAGUUGAAGACAGCAAGCUUCAAGGUCUCUGAAUUUCUGCAGGGCUGCAAAAAGGGAGUGAGCCUUUGUAAAGCCAAUGGUAGCAUUCAUUUUAGAUGGACUGAUUUUAUGAUGUAUUACAGACUGUUUAUAAUAAAUGUCAAAGCCAAAACCAGUGUAUUUUGUGCACAAAUAAACUU